UCCUCUCAGGCUGGACGUACGCUGAUUGAAACAACGAACAGGGGCGGCGGCGGUUGGAUUUGAUCGGAGGCGAUCGGCGAGGAGAUAGCAACCAUUUUGAGAGAAAGUAGGAGGCGAUCGGCGACGGUGGCGAGGACAUAGCCACCGUGAGUCGCCAUCGGUGGCGAUGGCUCCCGUCCGGCGGCAUGAUAGGGGCCCCGUGCCCAAAUAUGGACAUGAGACUGAUCACUUCACUAUAGCUCAAGAGGAGAAAUUUGCACUUGCUGAGGUGAAAAGGUUAGCUAUGCAAGCAAAAAAAAGAGAAGCGGCAGAGGCAAAACAACGGAAGGCAGAAGAAGAAAAAAAGGAUUCAAGAAGAGAAGAAGAGAGAGGCAGAGGAAGCAUAUGCAAGGGAGGAAAGUCAGUUCAUUUUGAUGCAACAAGAGGAGCAGGAAAGGCAGCAGAGAUGGAGAGAAUAUCAGCAGCGAGAGGAGCAAGCAAGGCAAAAGGCUGCUCCACAAAGUGAAUAGGAGGUUGGUAGGGCUCAAGAUGCUCCAGUAAGGCAAGAUGAGCUUAAUAGGGCUCAAUUUGCUACAGCAAGGCUAAACCACACUCAUGAGAAAAAAAGCUAGAUGAUAUGAAAGCAUUGAGAUUAAUGGCUGAUGAGGAAAGGUACAAGGCAUGGCUGCAAAAACAAGACGAGAUGGAGCAAGCAAACAGUCAACAAGGCACUUCCAACAAAAGAACUCUUCCCAGUCAGCAAAACACUCAAUUUAAGAUGCCAAGAAAAGUUAGAAUGUUUGAUUAUCUCAAGGAGUAGUUUACUUCAUUGUGAUGUGCCAAUUUCAGUUUAUUUUGGACCACUAUAAGUAAUUGAAACUAUGUUUAUUUUGUCACA